CUUAGAUGUAGAACAGAGCUCACAUCUGCAUGUGUCAUGGGAAAGCUAUUAAUUUCAUCAUCAAGUAGUGUAGUGUCACAAGAUUCUUAAAACCUAAUCCUCCCUUUCUUUGUCCUGCUCCCAGAAGGAAGAUAAAGCAGUAUGAAUUUUUGAGGUGGAGAUCUGAGGGCAGGGAAUAAUAAGAGUGCUGAUGCAAGAUCAUCAGGUCAAAAUCCAGAAAGCAUGCUUCAUGGCACAGGAAUGAAAACAAAUCCUGAUCAAAAGAAACAAGCAAAUGGUGUAACACUUGCUCCAGAGGACACCUUACCGUUCCUCAAGUGCUACUGCUCAGGACAUUGUCCAGAUGAUGCUAUUAAUAACACAUGCAUAACUAAUGGGCAUUGCUUUGCUAUCAUUGAAGAAGAUGAACAUGGAGAACCUACGCUUGCUUCUGGCUGCAUGAAGUAUGAAGGUUCAGACUUCCAGUGCAAGGACUCUCCUAAAGCACAAUUACGUCGAACAAUUGAGUGCUGUCGGACUGAUUUUUGCAAUCAGGAUUUACAACCAACUUUACCACCACUUGAUAGUACAGAUGGACUGUUUGAUGGCAGCAUUCGUUGGAUGGCAGUGUUGAUUUCUAUGGCAGUCUGCAUAAUCGUCAUGGUCAUCUUACUUAGCUGCUUUUGUUACAAGCAUUACUGUAAGUCAAUGGCAAAGAGGCAUUGUUAUAACCGUGACCUGGAACAAGAUGAAGCAUUUAUUCCAGCUGGAGAGUCAUUAAAAGACCUUAUUGACCAGUCACAGAGUUCUGGGAGUGGAUCAGGACUACCGUUGUUGGUUCAGCGCACUAUUGCCAAACAAAUUCAGAUGGUGAGGCAAGUCGGAAAAGGACGAUAUGGUGAAGUGUGGAUGGGCAAAUGGAGGGGUGAAAAAGUUGCAGUGAAAGUAUUUUUCACCACAGAAGAAGCCAGUUGGUUUCGAGAAACAGAGAUUUACCAAACUGUUCUAAUGCGUCAUGAAAACAUCCUUGGCUUCAUAGCUGCAGAUAUUAAAGGCACUGGCUCCUGGACACAGCUUUACUUGAUAACAGAUUAUCAUGAAAAUGGAUCAUUGUAUGAUUUUCUGAAAUGCACUACGCUGGAUAACAGGGCUCUCCUCAAACUGGCGUAUUCUGCUGCAUGUGGUUUGUGCCAUCUACACACAGAAAUUUAUGGGACACAAGGCAAGCCUGCUAUUGCACAUAGAGACCUGAAGAGUAAAAACAUCUUGAUAAAGAAAAAUGGAACCUGCUGCAUUGCUGACUUGGGUCUUGCAGUCAAGUUUAACAGUGACACGAAUGAAGUUGAUGUUCCCUUGAAUACUAGAGUGGGAACAAAACGUUACAUGGCUCCAGAGGUCCUAGAUGAAAGCCUGAAUAAAAACCAUUUCCAACCAUACAUCAUGGCUGACAUAUACAGUUUUGGGCUGAUCAUUUGGGAGAUGGCUCGGCGCUGCGUCACAGGAGGUAUUGUUGAAGAAUAUCAGUUACCAUAUUAUGACAUGGUGCCAAAUGAUCCAUCCUAUGAGGACAUGAGAGAAGUGGUGUGUGUCAAACGCCUACGCCCGGUAGUCUCAAAUAGAUGGAACAGUGAUGAAUGUUUAAGAGCAAUAUUGAAGUUAAUGUCUGAAUGCUGGGCUCAUAAUCCUGCCUCGAGACUCACUGCCUUGAGGAUCAAGAAGACACUUGCUAAGAUGGUAGAAUCACAAGAUGUAAAGAUUUGA